ACUAUUUUGUACGUAGAUUCCAACAUGGCGGCCAUGUACAAAUUGGCGAGAUUUACUCCAUUAUUUAUCCGUAACAACGCCCUACCAUCUCUUGCAGUAGGCGUGAUUAGAUGUCAGAAACUAUUGUCCUAUCAAGUGAAUAAAAAUGGUAAACCUCUCUUGGGAACUUCGGCGAAAGUUCAAUUUCUGCCUUCUGUUAGAAAUUACGCACACGACCCAUUGACAUUGCAGAGUAUUAGGGAAAGAGUCUUAUUGGUUUUGAAAUUAUAUGAUAAAAUUGAUGCCGAAAAGUUGUCGUUGGAUUGUCACUUUAUGAAUGACCUCGGCUUGGAUAGUUUAGAUCAUGUUGAAGUUAUUAUGGCAAUGGAAGAUGAAUUUGGUUUCGAAGUUCCUGACUCGGAUGCCGAACGUUUAAUGAAACCAGCCGACAUAGUUCAAUACAUCGCUGAUAAAAAUGAUGUUUUCGACUGA